UGUUACUUUCUGCAACCUUAUGUAUUAUCUUCUUUUUAUCUAACAGAACUCCACUAUGGCACUAAAUUGUUGGACUAUAAAUUAACUUAAAAGUGAUAUCUCCACUAUAAAAUCUUCUCUACCAAACCAGCCUGAGGGCAUAUGAGCUCCUGCAAUCUUGGUACUUGAUCAAUCUCUCCUCCAAUUCCCUAAUUCCCAUCACCAGUAGUAUAUUUAUUCAAAUUCCAGCUUCUUAAUUCUUCUGAAUCGAAAAAUGGCCACAAAACAUCCAGAGCCUGGAAACCACAACACAAACGAGUUAGUCUCAGUGCAGGAAAACCACCCCAUAUCCCAAAAUCCAACAUUUGAACAACAAUAUUACCCACCUGGCUUUUUCAGAAAGGUGGUGGCGGAGAUGAUAGCGACGUACAUGUUGGUGUUUGUGACUUGUGGUUCGGCUGCUCUUGCUGCCAGCGAUGAACACAAAGUGUCAAGGCUUGGAGCUUCAAUUGCAGGAGGGCUGGUAGUGACCGUGAUGAUCUAUGCGGUUGGCCACAUCUCUGGGGCACACAUGAACCCUGCCGUCACUCUAGCUUUUGCUGCUGUUAGGCAUUUUCCAUGGAAACAGGUCCCAAUCUAUUGGGUAGCUCAACUAGCAGGAUCCAUAUCUGCCUCAUUUACGCUUUCUGUGCUAUUGCAUCCAAUCAAACAUGUUGGCACCACAUCACCUUCUGGAUCAGACUUUCAAGCUUUGAUCGCAGAAAUUGUCAUGACAUUCUCCAUGAUGUUCAUCGCUUCAGCAGUGGCAACCGAUACCAAAGCUAUAGGAGAGCUGGCAGGUGUAGCAGUUGGCUCCGCAGUUUGCAUAACUUCAAUCUUUGCUGGACCAAUAUCAGGUGGAUCCAUGAACCCAGCCAGGACAAUAGGUCCCGCAAUUGCAAGCACAUACUACAAGGGAAUCUGGGUCUACGUCGUUGGACCAGUGAUAGGAACCCUACUUGGGUCAUGGUCCUACAACUUCAUUCGGGUCAGUGAUAACCCUACCCAGCCAAUAUCACCACCACCUCCACCACGCUCAUUUGCAUUCAAGCUUCGUCGAAUGAAGAGCGACAAUGGCCAAGUUCCCUGCAAAGAUCCUCUCGAUUCAGCUUGAAAUUUUUGGGUUUCACAUAUCAAACCUAAUCAUAUGGGAAAAUCCAAGAGUCUCUAUAUUAGAAGUUCGUGUUUUUGUUUUAAAUACCAAGCAACAUGGCAUUGCCAAUA